AGUUCAAUUGACUCGUUUAGGCAAUUGCACCCUGACUCUGAUCUUCAUGGCGGGUUCCUUAUUUAUCGCAUGGUCUUUGUUUGGAGGCCGUUUGCGUUGGAAACUCAGAUCACAACAUUGCUAUAGAUUUAAUUGUUCCUAAUGGCUUGAUUCUUCUAAUUGUAUCGUUCAAAUAUUAAAUGUGGAUUAUUUCUAGGUUUUCCUUAUCCAACAAAAUCAUUAGCCUAUAAUCCUCUAACAAUCCAAAAUAAUGUGGAUGAUAUCAUUCUAAAAUUGAUCAUAAUAGGAUUGCUAUAAUUAUUUCUCUAAAGGGGAUUGUUUCCCUAAACCUUCUAUAUGAGAUUAACCCCGUUUUCCCCUCCCAAAAAAUGGAGGCUAACAGAAGCUGUCUGAAUCCAGUGCGUUUUUUUGUGCCAUUCACCGCUUAUUCCAUUUUCUCUUUCAGCUCGGUGACAGAUGGCGAGUCCCUCUCCCCCAGGGGAAGCCAGUCUCUGUGAAUGCGGCCGCAUGUCAAUCACCGGCUCUCAUGUGAUGGCUCUUGCCAAUGACGUGCCAGCCAUAUGGGCCUGGCAUCAGAGCUGGUAUGUAACCCACCCAGUCCUGCCUCUGAGGUGCCACACGGAUCCCUCCACGCGUUUGGGCUGGGGAUAGCAGCAGCAGCAGCAGCAGCAGCAGACAGAGCAGGGCGGCUAGAGAGGAGAGAGAGAGAGGUGUGAGAGCAGAACACGAGCAUCCGUGCAGGGCGUGUGGAUGUGAUGCCCACCCGGAGCGAGAUGGUGUAAACAAACCCGCUUUGCCCCGUCACUGAGCUCCACCACGGAGGUUGCUUGCCACGAUGUUGAGCCGUCUGUUCAGCGAGGUCCUGCCGGACGUCCAGAGGCUCGCGGCCGACUGGGCGGAGGACACCGAGAACGAGGACUGCAAGAACAAGGACGAAGAUCACGACCACCUCGAUGAGGACGACCUGGACGAGCCGCUGGAAGGCAGCAGCCGAGCCGAGUCCGAGAUGGCCUGCGACGAUGACGAGGAUGACGAGGCCGAGGAAGAGGAGUGCGACGAGAACAGUGGAGACAAACCCAAGAAGCGCGGCCCAAAGAAACGCAAGAUGACGGCGGCGCGCGUGGAGCGCUCCAAGGUCCGUCGAAUGAAGGCGAAUGCGCGGGAGCGCACGCGCAUGCACGACUUGAAUUCUGCGCUGGAAAAUCUUCGCAAAGUUGUGCCGUGCUACUCCAAAACCCAAAAACUCUCCAAGAUAGAGACUCUGAGGCUGGCCAAGAAUUAUAUAAUGGCCCUUGGGGAGAUUUUACGCAACGGGAAACGGCCAGAUGUGGUGACCUACGUGCAGAUGUUGUGUAAAGGCCUCUCCCAGCCCACUACCAACCUGGUGGCAGGCUGUCUGCAGCUCAACACCAGGAACUUCCUGACUGAACCGUGUUCAGAUGGAGCCCGCUUCCACGUGCCCAGCUCUCCUUUCUCCGUCCAUCCGUACUCCUACCGGUGUUCCCGCAUCUCCAGUCCUCACUACCAGCCCGGAAGCGGUGCGCUUAACGUGCGCGGCCAAUCCUACGGUUCUGGGUACGAGGCCGCGUACCCGCCGGGUGGGACGUCCCCUGACUAUAGUAGCCCGGACUACGAGGCCCCGCACAGUCCGCCCGUCGGCCUGAACGGCGGCGGGCUGUCCGGCAGACAGCAGCAGGCGCCUUCUGAGACAGACAGGAACUAUCAUUACUCUAUGCAUUACUCCGGACUGAGCACGUCUCGGCCCAGCCACAGCAUUCCCUUCGGGCCCUCGGGAGCGCGCAGUGGCGGAUCGCACUCGGAAAACAUUCCACCUUUCCACGACGUGCACUUGCACCACGACAGGGCGGCUCCGUAUGAGGAUCUCAAUGCUUUUUUCCAUAACUGAGCCCUCACAAUCAGACGCAUUGCCCUUCUGAUGACAAUCCUAUAUUACGUGUAAUAUUGUUUGGGAAACAAGAGCAGCUUCUGAAAGGAUGAGAGAGUCCUCUGAUUAUCUUCUGUAUUCUACUGAUGUCAUCCCUAUACGGUUGAACAUCCUAUCGACGUGUGUCCAGUAAUAUCCUGUAUGCAGAAUGAGUGCAAUUGACAUAAAAGAUGUAUAGGCCUAAACAUGUUAUGACACAAACAACAGAAAUAAAAAAAAAAAAAAAGUUUUAUAACUGUCUGAUAUGAUCGAACAAUUAUUCUUCUGAACAUCAUCACUAUCGGGCUGUGUGGAUAUGUAAGCCUGAAGCAGGUUCUGGCGUUUCCAUUAAAUAAUAACACAU